AUGUCUCGCAAAGGCGUCGGCCUCGCCGCCUUCGACCGCUCCCGCCUAACAUCAGCACAAUUCGCUUCCCACGGGAACUCCUUACGAUCACACGACGCGCAGGCUCUCGAAACUCAACUCUCCGUUUUCCGUUCUCUCCUGCAACAGUUCGCGCAGACCCACGCCAAGGACAUCCGGUCAGACCCGUCCUUUCGGGCGCAGUUCGCGCGCAUGUGCGCCGCCAUCGGCGUAGACCCAUUAGCGUCCUCCUCCCACGGCAGCAGCACCGGACCGUCCAGUCUAUGGGCGCAAUUGUUAGGGCGCAGCGUCAACGAUUUCUACUUCGAGCUUGCGGUGCGCGUGGUCGAGGUAUGCGGGGCCACGCGCGGCGAGAACGGUGGACUGAUCGGCGUGCGCGAAUUGCGCGAGCGGUUAUCCCGCGGGCGUAUGGAGGGCGCUCCUGAAAUCGCGGACGACGAUGUGCUCCGAGCUGUCGGGACCCUGAAGCCGCUUGGAUCGAGCUACUCCGUUGUGCGCGUGGGGAGUAAGCCGUAUAUUCGUUCCGUGCCCAAGGAGCUGAAUACGGACCAGAGCGCUGUGCUCGAAGCCGCGCAGGUGCUUGGGUAUGUGAGCGUUUCGAUGCUGAUGGUUAAUCUGCGCUGGGCGAGGGCACGCGCGCAGACGGCGGUGGAUGAUCUCCUGGGCGAGGGCAUGCUCUGGGUUGACAAGCAGGCUCCUGAGUGGGAGUAUUGGAGCCCGGGAUUCAUGCUGGAUGCUGAUGGUGGAGUUGCGGCUGGCGGGUGA